UUCAUGGUCUGAAUUUUCAGAUCAUGCUUUCUUCACUAAGGGAUUUAAUAAAAAAAAGGAAAAAAACGAGGAAAAUUAAUUAAAUGAGUGAAAACAAAAGUUUUUGUAGUACAAUAAUAUGUAGUAUAAUAAUAAUAUUAUAUCCAUGUGAGUAAACAGAUGAAUUUAUGCGAUUAUUACACCAGCUUCCAAGUAUAAGAAUUCUCACAACAUAUUUUGAUUGUACUGCACUUGGACAAAUUGAAACAAUGAUUGUUGAAACAGAAGAUUAUGAAUCGAUGAUGGCAGCUCGAGGGGGGCAGAUGAAUGAAGACGAUAACUUGAAUCACUUGAAUGCCGUUCACGUCAUCAUUGAUGAAAUGCUUCUUAAAAAUACUUCGUCAUCAACGGCUUACCAUUCGUUAGGAGAAAUUGCUCAAAGCAAUCCUCUUGCAAUCACACGUACACUGCAUGGAAUCUUCAAAAAAAUUCUGCUGGAAGAAAAAUUAUCCCCGAGUGAUAGAAACUCAUACGAGAAACUGAUGAGUGAUAUUAUUCAUGCCUGUAUACGAUUAAAGGUACUCAACAAAAUGAUUGCAUCAAUUUUAAUGGUCUUAAAUGAGAGUUUAAUGAAUACAAAUAUUAUUAGCAAAAUUAUGCAAUCAAACAGAAACAUUUUACCUCAAGAUUUCAUUGAUAAGUUCUCCCUGUCAAUUUCUAAUUCGACCAAUUCUCAAGCUGCACGCAUCCUGGCAACUUUCGCUCAUCAUUUGGCUUCUUGUGUGAUGCAUCUUGAAGACAGAAAGGAAAAGCAGACAUUUGCGAAUACCUCUUCAGGCUUUGUGACAUACUUCGAGGUUAUAACACAACUAACUACAGCCUUUUUAGAAGGUGUUAAUGUGAUUGAAAUCACAUGGCCAUUGUUAGGGAAGCAAAAACUUAUCAAGGGAUUGUUAAAUUUGGGAAAAACUUUUUUUGUAUUUGGCAAAGCUUUCACAUCUAAAAUUGAACACAAUAAGUAUCAAAUAAUCAGAGCUAAGUUAUGGAAAAUGAUGAAAAGUUGGCAGACAGUGAUUGGAUUUAUUAACCAUUAUUACCCAGACGUAUUAACUGGAGACGACUGGAGCAAUAUUUUACAUUACAUUACGAAUUUUGAGAAUGAUAUUGAUAACUUUAUCGGGAGUUACAACAUUCAACUGGGACUAGCUUUCUUGAAGCCCGAAGAAAAUAGGAUUCAAUACAUAUGGAAUUUACCUUCCAAUCUUAGGACAAAUGAAGCUAACGACGAUGAACUCUAUGCAUUGGAGCAGUCCUGGAGCACUCUGGCGAAUAAAUAUCCACACACUACUCACAAUCUGAGUUCCUCAAAUGUGUCCCAUUUAGCGGAGCUUCUGGUAGAGAACUUACAACUUACCACGGGAAUAUUGACGAUAGAUUCAUUUCAAAAUAACAUGAAUUUAGUUACUGCCUUCAUUUUUGAGAUUUUCAGAAAAAUUCGUUCAAUUUUUGGGGAAUCCACUUGUACAACUAAGGAUUUACUGGACGAGAUCAAUAAAAUGAAUUGGUGGACAAAUGAGGAACAUCAAGACGCAUUAAAAACAUUAAAAUCAAUAUUAACGACGUCAACGUGGGUUGUACUCAGUGAUCAUAAUAUUCUGAAUUGCAUGAUCAAAUAUCUAAGAGUACUAGUGAGUUUACCAUUGAUGCAUUGUACCACAAAUCUAAAGAUGAUUAUCUUUCUGGUAAUUUUGUCAAUGAAAAAGGAAACAUUAAAUAAUAAAUUGAUAGACAGUCUUUGUACAGACAUUCUUCUCAACAGUUCCGAGCGUUGUAAUGAGGAUUUCCUACAGUAUAUCCAACUAGAAUCUCAUAUUUUAGAAUUAUCAAAAUCUCAACACCUUUUUGCAAGAGUCAUUGAACGCUCAUUGACAAACCCCUCAAAUUAUAUGCCUCUGAAACGAUUGUUCAGUUCUCAUCACGACAAUAGAGAAAUAUUAACAAUAGUCAUACAGUCCAUGGAGGAAAUGAAGCUAAAAUUGAAAACUGAGCAUAAUCGGAGACUUCUUAUGAAAUUCGAAAAAAAAUUAUUGAAAAAACUCUUGUCUCAUAUCGAUGAUGAGUCUUCAAAUAUACAUCAAUUGAAAACUUUGAAAGUUGCAUUGGAAGCUGCCAUUGCCUUAAAUGAAGUCGACAAUCAUCUUAUUAAUACCAUUCGCUCAACUUUACCAAUAUUGAUUACAAAAUUAACCGAGGGUAUUGAUGGAAAGGAUACAGAAUUUGCGAUGGAAAGUUCUAAUUUGUUAAAAGUUAUUCUUCAAUACAGAAACAGUGGGGUGUUGAUAGAUAUCAUGACGCUAAAAAAUAUCUGGAGGCUUAUCUUAAAUGGAUCAUGUAUGAAUAGUGUUCCAGUGGUCAUUGAAGCCAGUGAUGUACGAAUCCUCAAUUACAGUCUGCACUUGCUUACAAGGAAUACUCUGAAAUCACUGAAAAAUAGUGAUGAGCAUUCUUUUGAGAACUGUUUGAUUAUUUGGACUGCUAUUACUAAGGCAACUAUGCAAACAAGCCACGACAAAGUUCGUCAACGCGCUCUUCAGAAGCUGAUUCAAUUAAUCACAGCAAUAGAAGGCUGUUUCGAUCAGAACCUGCAGUUGAACAUCAUUAAAUUAUUUAUUGCUAUCAUGAGCUCGAGAAAAAUGAUCGUCAUAAACAAAACCAUUGACAUAAUUCUGACCCUUGCUACUAGGUUCAUGCACGAGCAGUCAGAGGCUCUAUCUCUUACUCAAAAAAUUAUGGACUUGUGCUCUUCGUUCCUAAACUUUCGACCCGAACUGGCCGUUGAUUACCUCUCCAUUAUUCUGAGAUUAUAUUUGAAAGCGGUUCAAACUACUGUUGAGGCUGCGAGAAGAAGUCCUGAGCAAAGACAAUUGCAAUGUUUAAUUAUUUUGAAGAUACAAAAGUUAACAACUAUUUUUGUGAAAUUUAAAAAAAUUGUAGGAAGACAUAGUCCUUACAUCAUUGCAGAUAUGAUCAAAGUCUAUUACGGAGGAGAAGUCAUACCUAAGUACGUUAAGGAACCUCUCGAUGAUUCUGUCAGUCAACUGAUGAGUAUGUGCGACCAACAUGCGAUUUCAUUACUCUUCAGAGUUAUCCCAAUGUCGAUGCAAGAAACUUUUAAAAAUUCGUAUAACACUCAUAUUAAAUUUUACAAAUUUACUGGUAAAAUUUAACCUUCUCAUGGUCAUGUAAUUCUUCCGACUUUAUAGCAGUGCCUGGCCAUGUCUGCUCUUAUGUGGUUUGUUUAUCAUUUCAUUUUUGCAAAGACAAGUACAAAUAACUACUCGUUCCAUGCCGCGAUGCUCUGGGGAAGAUUAAUGCCCAUUCCCGGGGUUCGAUUUAUAUCCUAGCACGCCUUGGACGUGAGAAGGUUAAUAUAAUAUAGGUUAACUUACCAAAUCAUAAGAUGUAUCUUUCAUGACACAUAUUUGUUCACCACAACUCUCAAUUUGUCUAUUGAAUAAUCAUCAUGGCGACGCUGGUUUAAUUCACUAGUUUUGUACAACGGAGAAUAUGCAAUAAAACUGUCAAACUCUCUGCUUUUGGUUUAAA